GGACGCCAACGCAUUUCGCAAUUGCGUCAAGGCCACAGAUGAGUUCGACGACCUCGUACGACUUUACGAUUGACUCUGCUCGCAUUGCGCAGCGCCCGCGUGCGUUUGGCAACCAAAAGCUGCUGGUGUACCACAAGCAGGCCGACAAAAUUGAACACACGACGUUUGAAGCGUUGCCUGAUCUUUUGUGUCCCGGUGACCUCUUGGUGCUGAACGACACCCGUGUCGUGCCUGCCCAGGUGCGGCUGGAAGAACCCAUCGUUGGGACAUGCUCGUCUUUUCUGUUCCUCGACCCCCUGUGCUCUGUGACGACCAACAUGGAAGUCCUCCUCAGCUCCCGCGUCGAUGUUGGCAGCGUGCUCACGUUACCCAAGGGCUUGACUUUUCGCGUCAACGAGCUCAUCGGUGGUGAUCCUGAAGUUCAUCGUGGCAAUCUCUUCGGUUUAAAGGGGACUUUGCACGAGUACUUGGCAUCAGUCGGUGAAAUGCCGCUGCCGCCAUACGUGGCCCGCGUCCCCGACAAAGAAGAUGAAAAGGCCUAUCAAACCUCGGUGGCCCAAGUGCCAGGUGCCAUUGCGGCGCCGACUGCUGGCUUGCACUUCUACCCAGCACUCCUUGAACGCCUGCGUGCUGCUGGCAUUGAGCACGUGUGUUUGACCUUGCACGUGGGCUAUGGCACGUUUCGGAGCUUCUCCACCGAGUUUAUCGAGCAGCAUCAAAUGGACCGAGAGCGCUACCACGUGAGUGUCGAAGCCGGCGCAGCAAUCCACAAAGCUCUGCAUGAGAAUCGCCGCGUCAUUGCGGUUGGCACCACCGCCACUCGCGUGUUGGAGACUUGCGCGGACUCGUUCUUGGCGCCGUCGCCACCGGAAGAACUGUCGGGUGAAGCUGGCAUUUUCAUCUACCCGCCGUACAAGUUCAAGGUUCUCUCGGGCUUGUUCACCAACUUCCACUACCCCAAGACGUCGGUGUUGACGCUCACGGCAGCUAUGGUCGGGUCGCGGGACAUCCUUAUCGACCGCAUUUACAAGGAAGCGCUCGCACGAGAGUACUUGUGGUACUCGUACGGUGAUGGGAUGGUCGUGUUGUAAAACGGGUGGACGACACCAGCGAUCCCUAGAGAUUGCCAGCGACUACCGACUCGACUACUUUGUUUUGGCGUCAUUCCAUUCACAAGGAAAGAGAACAUGAAUACAAUGUUGUCACGACUCAAUAUAAACCAAACGAUUAACGAGCUACUGCCUAUUCGG